UCAAAUUUGCACUCUUUCUUUGUCCCAUUAACAAACAACUACUUAUGUACCCUCUUGUUCCCAUUUCUAAUCCUUCCAACAUCCUUAUCUUUCACCCACUUUGCCUUUUGUUCUCUUCUUGUGCCAAGAUUUUAAAAGGUUUAUAUAUUAAAUCCAAACCAAGCCUUUUUCACCAUUGUUCUUUUCUUCUUAUUUUUGGUUGUUAGAUUUGAUUAUAUAUAAUAGGAAGAAGCAGAACUUGAAGCCCCCAAUAUAUAAUUCACAAAGAAAUAUAGGAAACAAUGGGGAAUACUCUAGGAGGAAAAAAGACAACAAAGGUGAUGAAAAUUGAUGGACAAACAAUGAAAUUCAAGACACCUAUUUAUGCAAACGAGGUUCUAAGAAAUUAUCCUACUAUGGUAUUAUUAGAAUCCGAAGCAGUGAAGCAUUUUGGGGUCAGAGCAAAACCAUUGGAACCACAACAAGAGUUGAAACCUAAAAGGCUCUAUUUCCUAGUUGAGUUACCUAAAUACCCUGAACAGAAAACCCCGAGGAGGGUCCGUUCAGGGAUCCAAAUGAGCGCGAAAGAUCGGCUCGAAACCCUAAUGUUAGCACGGAGAUCCGUGUCUGACUUGUCAAUCUUGAAGCCUGCCAGUAUUAUAACAGAAGAGUCAUCGUAUCAGAAUAACUCUGCUUCAGGCUCACUCCUUAGUAAGCCGGAGAACGGCGGUGGGCCCGUUAGGGUUAAGUUGAGGCUGCCAAAAGCUGAGGUGGAGAAACUGAUGAUGCAGUGCAAAGAUAAGAAUGAAGUUGCUGAGAAAAUUAUGCAACUUUGCAUGAACAACAACGGUGGAAGUGAUCCGUUGAUAGAAGAACAAAGUCAUAAUAAUGGAGGAUUAAUUAAAAGAGGACUCAAAUCACGAGAGAAACGUGUAGGAUUCUUGCCGAUAACAGAAGGGGAGAUUCAAUUAGCAAUGGCAGCUUCUUAACAAGAAAUGGGAACAAAAUAGACUAUUUUAAAUAGUAAUUCGUUCUAUAGCUUCUCUAGUUUAUUUUGUAUGAUGCUGACAUGAGUCGAGCACUCGAGCUUAAAUGGAGAAGUGAAAAUUUAUAUAGCCGAUCCUGAUUUAUGUGAGGCUGAGGUAUAGUUAUUGUUGUUGUAUAGCUUAAUUAUCUAGUUGGUCUCAAAAUUCACUGGCAGACUUCUCAGCUACUUAUUAGUGCUAAUCAUGUAUUAGUCAUUUUGUAUAAUAAAAUUAAGAAGUUGAGAAUGAGAUUAUUUGUCUGUUGUGAUAUAUGUGAGAUGGCUUUGAAGA